AUGCUACAAUUCAAGUUAGUUCUUCUAGGUGAUUCAUCUGUUGGUAAAUCUAGUAUCGUUCAUAGAUUUGUCAAGGAUUCCUUUGAUGAGUUUAGAGAAUCUACUAUUGGUGCAGCCUUCCUAUCGCAGACGAUCAAGUUAUCGGAAGAAUACGAUGAGGAAGUUCUAAAGUUCGAAAUAUGGGAUACAGCAGGACAAGAACGGUACAAGUCGUUGGCUCCAAUGUACUACCGUAACGCUAAUGCUGCGCUUGUGGUGUACGAUGUUACCGAGCCAAAUUCUUUACCAAAGGCCAAGCUUUGGGUGGAUGAAUUAAAGGAGAAAGUUAGCGAUGAAAAGUUGAUCAUAUGUCUAGUCGGAAACAAGCUCGAUCUAGCUUCUGAAACUGACCCAAGCUCUUUAGUCGAUGAAUCAGAAGCUCGCGAAUUUGCUCGCGAAAAUAAUCUACUAUUCCAUCAAGUCAGUGCUAAGACAGGUGAACACGUCAUUGAUGUCUUCCAAGAUAUCGGUCAGAGGUUAUAUUUACAGAAUAAAGACGAACUGCAGAAUUCCAAGAAAAAUGCUUCUAACAAUGUGUCUUUGCAAAGGCCUAGUACUAACGAUUCUCAAUCGUGUUGCAUCUGA